AUGGCUACCCUAAAGAGGAAAUGAUUUACAGAUGGAGAAAAAAUUCAGUGGAGGCUGCUGACCAGAAAUCUUGGAGACUCUAUCAGUUUGACUUCAUGGGUCUGAGAAAUACUUCAGAAAUUGUGAAAACCUCUGCAGGUGAUUAUGUAGUCAUGACUAUAUACUUCGACUUAAGUAGAAGAAUGGGAUACUUUACUAUUCAAACAUACAUUCCCUGUAUAUUAACAGUUGUUCUUUCCUGGGUGUCCUUUUGGAUUAAAAAAGAUGCCACACCAGCAAGAACAGCAUUAGGUAUCACCACAGUAUUGACCAUGACAACUUUGAGUACCAUUGCGAGAAAAUCAUUACCCCGUGUCUCCUAUGUCACCGCUAUGGAUUUGUUUGUGACUGUAUGCUUUCUAUUUGUCUUUGCUGCUCUGAUGGAGUAUGCAACCCUCAACUACUAUUCAAGUUGUAGGAAACCAAACUGUACUAAGAAGAAGAAGUCGCUACCUGAUGUCAGUUUUGGUCAUAUGAUGAAUUAUUCCGUACUUGAUAUGAGACCACCAACUACAGUCAUCACACUGAACAAUGCCAUGUAUUGGCAAGAAUUUGAAGAUGCGUGCGUCUAUGAAUGUCUGGAUGGAAAAGACUGCCAGAGCUUUUUCUGUUGUUACGAAGAAUGUAAAUCAGGCUCAUGGAGGAGAGGACGGAUUCACAUAGACAUCUUAGAACUGGACUCUUACUCUAGGGUCUUUUUUCCUACAUCUUUCCUGCUGUUUAACCUGGUCUACUGGGUUGGAUACCUCUAUCUCUAA